AUGACAAUGAAACAUUUCUUGGUUUUGGUUGCUAUUGCUGGCUUCCUGCCUGUCUCAGCCAUAAGAGAAAAACCUGAAGUCCCAUAUAAAACACUCCUCACCACAUUACCAGCUGUCCAGGAAGAAAUCAUUAACUUACAUAAUAACUUCAGGAGAAAGGUAACUCCAUCAGCCAGGAACAUGCUGAAGAUGAAAUGGAGUGAGGAUGCUGCACAAAAUGCCAGAACUUUGUCAAGUCAGUGUAAUCCGGUGGAAAGCUACCCACCUGACAGGCGUGUUGGAGAGAAUUUUUGUGGAGAAAAUAUGUUCUUUGCAUCUUAUCCUGACUCAUGGUCAAAUAUAAUUAAAAUCUGGUACCAUGAGUCACAAUACUUUACCUAUGGGACAUGGAAUAGAAGGGAUAAAAGGACUGACAAUUUUACUCAGGUUGUUUGGGCCACUUCUUAUCUCAUUGGCUGUGGCAUUACAUUGUGUGGCAAAGGAAGGUCAAAUGGGUAUCUCUACAUUUGUCACUAUUGUCCUGAGGGAAAUGAUCAUAGCAGAAUUAGACCUUAUAAAGCGGGUUUCCCAUGCGAAGACUGUCCCGAUGCCUGUGAAGAUAGACUUUGUACCAACCCCUGCCACUACAGUGAUGAAGUUAUUAACUGUAAAACACGAAUACAAAGGUUUGGAUGUAGUCACAAGGUGGUUCAACAAUACUGCAAAGCUAGUUGCCUCUGUACCACUGAGAUAAAAUAA